GAAACCUUACAACACCCUGCUUCAUUUCCAUUUCAGCGUCAGUGCUAGGAGACGCAGAACAGACGAUUGCACUGAAACAGCGAUACUCAUGAUGGGGAUGUCUUUGGCACUUUUGUUCCUUCUUGCUGUGACGAGCACUGUGGGCGCCCUCCAGUGCCAUUCCUGCCACAACGUUAUACCGCCCUACCCUGACUGCGAGAAGGCACUGAACUGGAAACCCUUCACCGACUGCUCCUCGAGAUAUGGCUUCGUCACUCGCUGCGGAAACAUGAAUGGCAUCUUGAGUUCCAGGUAUCACCAAGUGUUCAGUGAACUGAAGGAUGUUGAACUCGACUGUAUGGAAUUCGACCCCAGUCACGUCCCAGAAAACAAGUGCUACCAUGACGAGGAAGCGUUACCAUGGAUAAUGGACAACACUCCCUGGUCCUUGAUGCCACCUUCAAUCGACCUCAAAUCCAUGACCUUUGAAUUCAAGGGGACUCUUUGCAUCUGUGAUACCGAUUGGUGUAACGGGGCCCUUCCCUAAUGAGCUGCCUGCAGUACCCUUCUUAAAAAGCUUCGAGCUGAAAUUGUCACCAGCUCUGGGCUUCACGCUAAUGGCCUUUUCCGUGAAUCAAACGAUUCUGAUGCAUCGAUGUUAAUUAAUCAGGCCAGCCUUCGCAAAGACUUGACGCUUCGUAGAUUAGGCCUUUAGCUAUAAUACAUGCAUUUCGCCAGGAGCUAAAUUUAUCGCUUAAAAGUUGAGACAGAUUUUUUCCCCUAAACGCAGACCUCCGUUAAUUUUUACUUCACUAACUGAAAGUAUGGGAAGGCUGUUUCCAAAAUUGGUCGACAAAGGAAUGAGUUGAUGAACAUGGGAAUUCAGGUAGUUUGGGCACCCUGAAGCUUGAAAAAAAAAUCAAGACCGUGAAAGCCAGCUGACACUAGGACAUAUACUUGCCGUUCUGGUAAUAAUCCUCCUGGAAUGGUGCAGAAAACUAAACAAAAAAGGGGCAAAGCCGGUGGAUGGGGAGAACAGUUACCAAGCUCUACCAACAAAGACUCGACGCAAGAUUCUAAGCCGGCGUUUGGUUCCAUUAUAAACAUAAAGCCUAGCCGAGAAGCCUUCUUUACACACAUCCAUUUUUAAAACAAAGUCAGAACGCUCAAAGGCUGAAGGGAAUUUACGGAUCGCUGUAAGGUUUUGCCGUAAGUUUAACUCUGCAAAAUAUUUCAUAAGAUGCAAGAUAUGGGGCGGAGAGAACCCCCCCCCCCUUCCUUUGUGUUGGUCAUUGCGUAAUCGGCAUCUCAGGUAUUCUUUACAGACUUCUAGGGGGAUGUGUCAGAUAACAAUAGUCUAGAGUGUGUAGGGUUGGACAUGGGGGGAGGUGCCCAUUGGCCCCAUAUCGUCCAUGGUAUCAAAUAUUCAAACUCACACAAAAUGCAGCUCUGCUGAGGUUACAGUCUUGAUUACUAAUUCUACUUUUAAUAUCUAUAUAAAAGUGGUACGACGAUUAAACAAAAGACCAUUAGCUUCAGUGCAUUUUCGCGCACAACAACGAAUGAAAAUAAUUCGGAUGUUGCCUAAUAGUAAAGAAUGUUUCAUAUUUGUGUAGGGCCCAUUUUUACUUGGAUGUCUUUUCAACAGAGCAACGGGUCUGACUCUCGGGUGCAAGAGAGCCCGAUCCUUAAAAAAUAUUCAACCUUCUUUUAAACUGUUUCCAAGUCAGUUUGACACGUCGUUGCUCAAAACUGAAUACCUACAUGUUUAGCAGAAUGUAUGACAAAGGGAUCUGACAUAACCGAAAGUUCAGUUUAAAAAAAAAGUCACUUUAAAAACAUGUCAAUACAAGUACUUCCUAAAUCCAAAACUUCGUCCAGAGUUGCACCUGCUAGGAUAAAAUAAUAUAUAAAUGACAGCUAUUUGAUUCGAAAUAAAAGCUUGCUUACUGUGCGUUUAUCCUAAA